CUAAAGGGCACUGAUAGGCAGUACUAAUGAGGUGGCACGGAUAGGCGGCACUAAUAUGCAGCACUGAUAGGCGGCACUGAUAGGUGACACUGAUGAUGGGUACUGACUGGCAUCACUGCUGGGCACUGACUGGCAGCACUGACUGGCACAACCACUGGGCACUGACUGGUGGCACUGACUGGCAGCACUGCUGGGCUGCACUGGUGGGUGGCACUGGUGGGCAGCACUGGUGGGUGGGCACAGGUGGGUGGCACUGGUGGGCACAGGUGGGUGGGCGCACAGGUGGGUGGCACUGCUGGGCACAGGUAGGUGGCACUUCUGGGCACAGGUGUGUGACACUGCAGAGUGGCACAGGUGGGUGC